CCUCCGCGCAGAGGCUGCGGGAUGACCGGGGUACCCCCGGGGGCGGUCAGGAAGUGGAAAAGUGGUUCACGGAGGCCCUGACGCUGGAGCCUCGGAGGAGGCUGCGCGGGCUCCAGGCCUGAGCCGGCUCCUCCUGCCCUCGCAGCCUCAAAGUGGAGUACGACAAGCUGGCGAACGAGAAGACGGAGAUGCAGCGCCAUUACGUGAUGUACUAUGAGAUGUCCUAUGGCCUGAACAUUGAAAUGCACAAGCAGACAGAGAUUGCGAAGAGGUUGAACACGAUUCUAGCACAGAUCAUGCCUUUUCUGUCACAAGAGCACCAGCAGCAGGUGGCGCAGGCGGUGGAGAGGGCCAAGCAGGUCACCAUGACGGAGCUAAACGCCAUCAUCGGGGUACGUGGACUCCCCAAUCUGCCUCUCACCCAACAGCAGCUCCAGGCCCAGCACCUCUCCCACGCCACGCACGGCCCCCCGGUCCAGUUGCCACCCCACCCGUCAGGCCUCCAGCCCCCAGGGAUCCCCCCGGUGACGGGGAGCAGCGCCGGGCUCUUGGCACUUGGCGCCCUGGGCAGCCAGGCCCACCUGACGGUGAAGGACGAGAAGAACCACCAUGAGCUGGACCACAGAGAAAGAGAAUCCAGCGCGAAUAACUCCGUGUCGCCCUCUGAAAGCCUCCGGGCCAGUGAGAAGCACCGGGGCUCUGCAGACUAUAGCAUGGAAGCCAAGAAGCGGAAAGCAGAGGAGAAGGAUAGUCUGAGCCGAUACGACAGUGACGGGGACAAGAGUGACGAUCUGGUGGUGGAUGUUUCCAACGAGGACCCAGCGACGCCCCGGGUCAGCCCGGCACACUCCCCUCCUGAAAACGGGCUGGACAAGGCCCGCGGCCUGAAAAAGGAUGCCCCCGCCAGCCCCGCCUCAGUAGCCUCCUCCAGCAGCACACCUUCCUCCAAGACCAAAGACCUUGGUCAUAACGACAAAUCCUCCACCCCUGGGCUCAAGUCCAACACACCUACUCCGAGGAACGAUGCCCCGACUCCAGGCACCAGCACGACCCCAGGGCUCCGGUCGAUGCCGGGCAAGCCUCCAGGCAUGGACCCGAUAGGUAUAAUGGCCUCGGCCUUGCGCACGCCCAUCUCCAUCACCAGCUCCUACGCGGCCCCCUUUGCCAUGAUGAGCCACCACGAGAUGAACGGCUCGCUCACCAGCCCGAGCGCCUACGCCGGCCUGCACAACAUCCCACCGCAGAUGAGUGCGGCUGCUGCUGCGGCCGCUGCCGCCUACGGCCGAUCGCCAAUGGUGAGCUUUGGAGCUGUUGGUUUUGACCCUCACCCUCCCAUGAGGGCCACCGGCUUGCCCUCAAGCCUCGCCUCCAUUCCUGGUGGGAAACCAGCGUACUCUUUCCACGUGAGUGCCGAUGGGCAGAUGCAGCCCGUGCCCUUCCCCCACGAUGCCCUGGCAGGCCCCGGCAUCCCACGCCAUGCCCGGCAGAUCAACACACUGAGCCAUGGGGAGGUGGUGUGCGCCGUGACCAUCAGCAACCCCACACGGCACGUCUAUACAGGUGGCAAGGGCUGUGUGAAGAUCUGGGACAUCAGCCAGCCGGGCAGCAAGAGCCCCAUCUCCCAGCUGGACUGCCUGAACAGGGACAACUACAUCCGCUCCUGCAAGCUGCUCCCUGACGGGCGCACGCUCAUCGUGGGCGGCGAGGCCAGCACGCUCACCAUCUGGGACCUAGCCUCGCCCACACCCCGCAUCAAGGCCGAGCUGACGUCCUCGGCUCCUGCCUGCUACGCCCUGGCCAUCAGCCCCGACGCCAAAGUCUGCUUCUCCUGCUGCAGCGACGGUAACAUCGCCGUGUGGGACCUGCACAACCAGACCCUGGUCAGGCAGUUCCAGGGCCACACGGACGGGGCCAGCUGCAUAGACAUCUCCCACGAUGGCACCAAGCUGUGGACUGGAGGCCUGGACAACACCGUGCGUUCCUGGGACCUGCGAGAGGGCCGGCAGCUGCAGCAGCAUGACUUCACUUCCCAGAUCUUCUCGCUGGGCUACUGCCCCACCGGGGAGUGGCUGGCCGUGGGCAUGGAGAGCAGCAACGUGGAGGUCCUACACCACACCAAGCCGGACAAGUACCAGCUGCACCUGCACGAGAGCUGCGUGCUCUCGCUCAAGUUCGCCUACUGCGGCAAGUGGUUCGUGAGCACUGGGAAAGACAAUCUCCUCAACGCCUGGAGGACGCCAUACGGAGCCAGCAUAUUCCAGUCCAAGGAAUCCUCGUCUGUCUUGAGUUGUGACAUUUCGGCGGAUGACAAAUAUAUUGUAACAGGCUCUGGUGACAAGAAGGCCACGGUUUAUGAGGUCAUCUACUAAACAAGGACUCUAACUGGGCUGUCAGACUCUGGGAGAAAAAGACUCGGCGGUGACAGGGCGACCCCGCGAGGGGCCCCAAGGCUGGCGGAGGCUGGCGGUGGGCAGCCGAGCAGUCCAGGGCUGCGCUCCGGCAGGCCGAGAGGGCGCGCCCGCCACGGUCUGGACCCCUGGGCAUGGACUCCUGUGUCUCACGGACUCUGAUGGAUGUCUCUCCUCCUCCCUGUCCACAACCCUGGCAGAUGCUACAAGUAGAUUUCUUUGGAGGCUUGGGGCUCCAGCCCUCCGACAGACGCCCUCGUGAAUCUCCAUCUUUCCUUCCCCUCUCUUUUGCUCUGUCCCCCUGCCCUGGGUCGGGGACACUGGAGUGGACCAGGUGUUUGUGCUGGGGGAGGGGGGGAUCUCAUUUUCCCGAUUGUGCAGCGCACAACAUUUGUGAAAAAUGUAAAUAACAGACUCCUCUAUCUCGGACUGGUCAGUGGGGGAGGAGGCCCCUUCCCACCGAAAACGCUAGCCGUGUACUUCGCCUGCUGUAUUUGUAACCCACUCGUGGUGGUGGCUUUUUUUUUUUUUUUAAAGGGACAUCCCCAUCUGGGAAGGGGAGGCAGGGAGGGGGAGCCAAAUGGAGAGGGAGUGGAGGGGCAGAGGAAGGGAGCUGCAGCUGGUGACCAGCCUGACCAGGAGGAGUGGGGGUUCCUGGGACGAACGCACCUCCCUGUGGACUUGGGAGCAGCCCAAGGCCUUUCGGGACCCUCGCAGGCUGCACGGGCAGCCGGGCAAGGCUUGCAUGGUGGCCAGCCAGGCUGACGAAGGUCGGAUUCUCUGUGGCCGCCUGCGCUCUCCUCCCUCUCUCUCAGGGGUCCGACUCUUGCUCUCCCUUUCCUUCUCGCCUCGCUCGCUCGCUCUCUCUCUUUGGUGCGCACUUGGUUUGGUGAUGGGAGGUGGAGGCGCGAAGGAACUCCAUCUCUGGCCCUUCUUGAUCUUCGGACACAACCUUCAAAGGACAAAAAGUUAGAGGAAAGCAUAGCAACUCAGCUCAGGGAGCUACCAGAGAAAAAUAGCAACUGAUGUGGGUGCUUUUUUUUUUUUUUUUUUUAAUAAAAAGAAUUAGAAUUGAUGUCCUUUAUAAAAAUGCCUUCUCCCCUUUUCCUGCCUCUGACCCCAUCCUCUCUCCCUAGAGGGGAAAAGUGUAAUCAACCUGCAAGGGUUGUGAGUCCGAAGGGACAGUCUCCCCCCCGCCCACCCCGGGCAGCACAACAGGGCUGAGGGGACCAGGGGUCGGGUGGGGACACCGGUCUUGGCACUGUGGUGACUUCUUGCGGCUUUCAGUCUCUUUGGAGCCCAAACAGGUUACAGGUAGAAAAAUUGUCUCCUGCAGGUACCGCUCUUUGGUACCAAAAUGUUCUGAGGUAUUAGGACUUGGGUUUAUUAUUAUUUUUUUUUCCUUCUUCUUCUUGGUCUUUUUUUUUCUUCUUUUAAGGAAAAGCUAAAGGCCGAUGUGAGUCCUGGUGGUGGGCUCUCCAUGGAUGUAGCAUAUGGAAGAUAAUUUUGAUACUGCAUUUUUAUGGAUUAUUUUAUAAUGUGUGAUUCCGUCUGGUGAGAAGGGAGGAAGGGGCCCCAGUGGAAACUGCUGGUCUUCAGUGAUCUUGCUCCAGGCUAGCAGCUCCCCUGACAUGACCCAGAGGCCGUGGAGAGGCCACGCAGAGGCCACGGAGACUGGCCGGGCGCCCUGUACCUUUCUGAGGUGGGGGAGGGGCCGUCUGGAGAAUUUCUCUCUUUCUCUGGGUCUUGGAUGUGCAUCUGCCGUGUCUUGUUAAAGGCUCUAGCCACAAGGGAGGGUGAGGGUAGAAGAAAGUUGAUUCCUGAAGAAAAAAAGAAAAUGAAAAGUCAUUGUAAUGAGCUGUUUUUAUAUUUUUAAAAGUUGCUAUUUAAA